GAGCACACAUGACGGACGAGGCUGCGCCAGCGCCCACCUUCAAGAAGCCGCGCCGGCCGGCCAACAUCCGGAAGCGCGGCGCGUCCGAGGCCGAGGCCGACGCGGACGCUGAUGCGGCUCCGGCCGGCCGCCCAGGGAACUCGCUGACGGUGAUGCGCGAGCUGCAGCGCCAGCGUCAGCGCACAAAGGGUGUCGCGCUCGACAUCAGGGCGGAGGGCGGUGCGGCGGAGGAGGGCGGCGGCGAAGAGGGCGGCGACGCGGGCGACGGUGGCGCGGGGCUCGACUCGACGUUCACGGCGCAGGCGGACGCGAGCGAGGUGGACCCCAACAUGCUGCGGUAUAUCGAGGAGCAGAUGAAGAACGGCGGGAGCGCCGACGGCGCGGCGGAGGGCGCCGCCGACGGCGACGAAGACUCUCUGUACGUGGCGCCGGCGCACAUGCGGGAGGCAAUUGCGCUGGGGCACCUGCGGCACGAGCAGGCGAUGGUGCAGCAGGGCGCCGACGAGCAGGGCGGCGCAGCGACGCGCUGGCUCGCCGGCAUCGCCGAGGUGGAGCUCUCGGUGGAGGAGCGGAUGGCGACGGUGGAGGCGACCGAGGCGGCCAAGCGGCGCGCGGUCGAACAGCGCGCGCAGCGCGCCGCGGCGGCCGGCGGUGGCGUGGGGCCGUCGCUGGUCAUUCCGAGCAACUUCAACGCAAACUUCCACGCGCACCGGCGCGAGACCGCCCAGGCGCGUGCUCCUCCAGGCGGCGGCGGCGGCGGUGCCGGCGGUGGCGGCGGGCCCCGCUGCACCGACGGGCUGCGCGCGGUCGAGAGCGAUGGCGCCGCACUCAGCGCAUUCAAGCGGCGGAAGCACUGACCGCGCAGGGGGAGAGCAAGCCGGCCCGGCCGCCGUGCGCGCACGCUGCACGCAGUAUAACCAGUACAUGUUGUAUCAAGAAGAGAGUCGUGUUCUCUGUUCUCGAGGUUGUGCGCGGUGGGUGCCCGCUGCAGCGGGCAGCGGGGAGAGGUGCGGGCGCAUCGAGUGUGAGUCUGUGGGCUACAAAAUCCUGUUAGUGAUAGUGUGUAUAAAGCCG